AUGGCAGCAGUUAAUCAUUCGUCCUCUGCUGCUGCAGACUCAUCCGACUACUACGAGUCCCCUUCGAGACCCUCUUCAAGACCGACCAGUGCUUCUCGCCAUAGCCCGGUCCGCAUUCCCAAUCUCGAUCAUGCCGAGGGUCCAAGACUGCGCGAUGGGCCAGUCUCUCCUGUUCGCGUUAAUUCACAGCAGGGAAACUGGGUCCAGCCUUCAAACGCUGAUGUGGAAUAUACUCCGAAGCAAGCCUUGAGAGGAGAAUUGGUUGACCGAACUCUUCAUCCGCUACCUUCGCCCCCGGAAUUUGCUCCUCCUCCACCUCCACAACACGGUCGAUCAGAGCCAACGAGCCCUCGGGAAUUACAAAAUAUGACUUCAGCGGUUAGAGACAGCUCUGCAUUGUCUUCUGAUACAAUAGCUAUGCCUGGAUCUACUAAGCCAACGCCGACAGAAAGAGUCCGCGACCAAGACCAAUAUCGAAACAGUCGUGAAUCAGAUGAAACUACGAGCACAAACCCACAACAAGUCUCGAUCGAGUCUUCGGCGACAACAAGCGCAAGCUCUCUUUCUGGUGUAAAUGAGAAUACCGAUGGUCAGGCAUUAGGUGAAUCUCCAGAAAGCUCCAUUAUUGAAGGCAACGUGCCCGAGGUGCCGCUCUUUCAGUAUCACCAUCAGAAAGAUUUUCCACCAAGUGUUCCCAACGCGGAAGUCAAGAACUCUUCAACUCCUGAUUUGUCUGAGAGCGCUUCGAGUGUUGGCCGCCACCUUACUCCAAACCCCGGUAAUCAUAUGAGGACUUCUCUCCCUCGGCCGCCGUCUUCUUAUUCUGUCUAUUCUGACUCUCGUGGUCGCUCUCCAGGCUUGAUUCCAGGUGGCCCACAGUCACGUAAAUCUCCUGAUGUAAGACAGUCGACAUAUGCAGAAUUACUGAAUGCGCCUUAUCCUCAACAAGCACCGGCGCCUCUGACUCCUGAUAACUCGAACCUCCGAACUGUCAUAGGCAAUAAUGCGUCUCUCCUCAGUACACAAAAGACUUUGGACAUGUAUCGUGCGAACGUCAAGAAGACGAAUGACUCCUCGAUCCAGUACUCAUUUGCCAUUUUCCUGAUUUCGACUGCCCAGGAACAAGGUUUGGACUUUUCGGACCCUAAGACGCGCAAGAAUAGUCCGAAACCUCAAAAAGGCCGUGAUAGCCCAGCUGCUGAAGGUUCAGUGCCGAGCCCUCACGAGUUGGUUCGCGAAGCUCGACAAAUUCUGCAGCGUCUUGCCAGUGCGGGCUACCCUUUUGCCCAAUACUACCUUGCAGAUGGUUUUGCCUCUGGGCUUUUCAGUAAGGGUAAGGAGGACUAUAAUUCGGCCUUCCCACUGUUUGUUCUGGCGGCAAAGCAUGGACAUGCUGAAUCUGGAUAUCGAACUGCGUUGUGCUACGAAUUUGGCUGGGGCUGCCGAAAGGACCCUGCUAAGGCGGUACAGUUCUUGCGCACAGCUGCCUCGAAGCGUCACCCCGGUGCCAUGACACGUUUGGGUAAGGCCUGCCUAUCUGGUGACCUUGGAGAGAAGCGCUAUCGAGAAGGAAUUAAGUGGAUGAAGCUUGCUGCUGAAGCCGCUGAUGUACAAUACAACUCAGCACCGUACCAGCUUGGUUGCUUGUAUGAGAAUGGAUAUGGUGCGGAUAUUUUCAAGGAUGACAACCAUGCUGCCGAGCUUUUUACCCAAGCUGCCGAGCUGGGGCACCCUGAGGCUAAUUAUCGUCUUGGGGAUGCCUAUGAGCACGGCCUACUUAAUUGCCCCCGAGACCCAGCUCUUAGUGUACAUUUCUAUACUGGAGCAGCUGAACGUGGACAUGCUGGUGCCAUGAUGGGUUUGUGUGCGUGGUACAUGGUCGGCGCUCCUCCGAUUCUGGAGAAGGACGAGGAGGAGGCCUACGAGUGGGCGCGCCGAUCUGCUGAUUUGGGUUUUGUCAAGGCACAAUAUGCCGUUGGUUACUUUACAGAGAUGGGCAUCGGAUGCCGUCGUGAUGUCUUGGAGGCCAAUGUUUGGUAUGUCAAGGCUGCCGAUGCCGGUGAGGAGCGAGCCAAACAACGUUUGGCCAUUAUCCAAGCGGCUGUCAGCGGACAGGGCACCCCGAUGGAGGUUGCUCCUCCGCGCAACGGAAAGAUCCAGAAGAACGGCAAAGACGACAAGGACUGCAUCGUGAUGUGA